CUGUCCCGAAGGAGGCAGCGGCGCCCACGCGGGGCUGGAGGAGCGGGGGUAGCCCGGGGCGAGGCGGCGGUUGCGGCGGCGGCUGCGCGCUCCCCGACCUGCCGGCAGGAACCUUGGAAAAAACCCGGCUGAGUUCUGCAGAGCUGGCGGGGCCUGGCCCGGAGCUCCCCUGUGCCCAGAGCCGGGCCCGCCCUUCGGAUGAUGCCAACCUGACCAGAACCCCUCUGUCCCGGGGGCGCAGCAACUUGGUGAAGGGGACAGGGCUCCGGACUAGACAGCACCCAAGCUGGCCGCUCCCUCCCAAAGUCUGUCUUUCGGAGUGUUGGUUCCUAGUUCAGUGGCAAGGAAGACUUCAGGCCAGCAGAUCGAACCAGUGGGCACCACCGAGGACCAGGUGGAGUGAGUCUGAGGUCAGCAGAUGAACAGACAGAAACUGAAAGAUCCCCAAAAAGGAUGAGUGAGAGGGUCGUGCGGAACUGGAGCACGGGCGGCUGGCUGCUGGCACUGUGCCUGGCCUGGUUGUGGACCCACCUGACCUUGGCUGCCUUGCAGCCUCCCACUGCCACAGUGCUUGUGCGGCAGGGCACCUGCGAGGUGAUUGCCGCUCACCGCUGCUGCAACCGGAACCGCAUCGAGGAGCGCUCCCAGACGGUGAAAUGCUCCUGUUUUUCUGGCCAGGUGGCCGGCACCACGCGGGCAAAGCCCUCCUGCGUAGACGACCUGCUCUUGGCUGCCCACUGUGCUCGUAGAGACCCUAGAGCUGCGCUCCGCCUCCUGCUCCCACAGCCUCCAUCGUCCUGCAGAGAUGGUGGUGUCAGAUGGAGCCCUGCCUGCCGGGGGAGGAGUGUAAGGUGCUCCCGGACCUGUCGGGAUGGAGCUGCAGCAGUGGACACAAAGUCAAAACCACCAAGGUCACACGAUAGCUCUUGGGGGUCACGGCCUGGACAAGAAAGGCUUGAUUGAGUCAUGAACUGAAGAAUGGUAUCCAGUCAUCAGCCAGGAAAGAUGGGGAUUCACUUACAUGCCUCAUGUCAAAUGCAGCAUCAGUCUUUCCGGGGCAUUUCAGUUAAGCUGCUCAGCAGAUAUGGAUGGAUCUGCAACCACAUACCUAGUGUGGAGCUGGGCUUUUCUGGAGACAUGAAGGUCAACACACAAUUCCUGCCCUUAAGGAAUGUCCAGUUGAAUUGGAGAGUUGAAGACAGACAAUUUAGAUAAUUUAGGUUAAAGUACUUGAUACCAGACUGUGGCUUCUGGGCCACAUGCUAUGGCAUGAUGGGGUUUUGGGAAUGAGAUUCCCACAGUUCUUCAGAUACCCCGUGGCCACAGGGCAUAGAGACAAGAGGUCACAUUCAGCACUCACCACCUCCCUCUUUCUCAUCAGUUCUGAAUCCCCAGCAAGCUGUUAACAUGUUGCAGAAAAACACUCUCCCCUUAUGGCCAGACCAGCGGUAUCUCAUUUGGAUGGGAUUGGAUUGAGUUGCGGAAGGAAAGUAAAAAUAAAGCCAAAUAACUUCCCAGCAAAUCUUCGGCAGAGGUAUGAGCCAUUCAUUGGGUAUGGGAUGGACAGGACUUUAAAAUCAUCUCCAUCAAGCACCUCAGGUUUUUGUUUGUUUGCUUAUUUUAACAGAUGAGGAAGCAGCCCCAGAGAGGUGAGGCAGUUUGCCCAAGAUCUCAUAGCCUGGGCUCCCAAACCUCUAAGACUGAUGACUUUCCACUAGCCUGAAUAAUAGGAUUCCAACGUAGGCCUCCCAUGUUAAUUUUAUGUCAAGUUACUGGAACCAGCAAAGUACAGGCUGGAGAGCAGCAACAUUUUUCUUGGGAGAUGCUAGAGCAGGGACUUUUACUAAGGUCACUGUUCUCCUGUCUGAAAUAAUCCAGAAUAUCCACACACCAGGAUGUGGGACCAUCUGGUCUCCACUCUACUCUCAUCCUCCAAAUUUCAAGCAGGCCUUAUGACACCCAGAGGUCACUCAACCCAGUUACAGCUGGGGCUCAGCUGGCAUCUCCAUUACCCACUCUGACCCAUCUCUUCUGGGGUCUUUGGGCUAUGAUUCUCAGAAGGUCUCGCUCCAGGAGAAAUUCUGGGUGGGAUGUAGAACUGGUUAGAGUCUUCUCUUUUCAAAGGCCCCUGAUGGGCAGCAGGGGUGAAAGGCUAGAGCCUCUGUUUAGAAUUAAAGGUCAGUGCAGUCAGGCUGACACUAGAUGGCUCAGGGAUGACACAUAGGCUUCAGGGACUCAGAGGCAUGGGCUACUUAGAUAUCUCAUCAGUAAGAGAAUUGCAGCCUCUGAGACUGUGGGCGUUGAGAUCACCAAGGCCUUAGGGAGGGGGGUGUCAGUAGAGACCCACCUGGACGAUGCGGAAUUCUGACCCUCAGAGGGACAAAUCAGAUGAUAGUUUGUGGCUGAGUCUUAGCUUCUCCCUCCCUCCCUGUGCAGUAGAACCAAGACUGAUAUUCCCCCUUUCUCACCCUACUCUAGUUUAUUUUCUUGUUUUUGACAAUGGGGUGAACAAUGGUGCCAGCUUCUUACUAGACUGUAAAUACCAGAACUCACAACUCAGAAUCUCUGCAGAUGGUGGGCUCAUGGGGUGGGGUAGUCAGGGAGUUGGUCAAAGAUUGUCAUUGCCUCCUUUAAGGUUGGAGGAUGGAGGAUGGGGAUGGAUUAAGGGAUUGGCAAACUUUUUCUGGAAAAGGCCAGAUAGUAAAUAUUUCAAGCUUGGCAGCUCACAUGCAGUCUCUUGUUGCAUACUCUUUGUUUUUAUUGUUGAUUUUUUGUUUGUUUGUUUGUUUGUUUCAUUUUGUUUUAAAAUAUCUUUAAUAUACAAAAGCUAGUCUUAUUAAUAGCUCAAGUCUUAGCUGUAUAGAAACAGAAUCUGGGUCUUUUUCAGAAGGAUGCCAAUCCGAUGAACCUUUGAAGGCAGGCCAUCUCUGCAGUGUGGGACUGCCUCCCAGCCUCCUGGCCUGACUUCUGUGCAAUGGGAACCUGAGCAUGAGGGCUGGGUCAGGUUUUGUUUUUCUCCUAAUGCUUCUUGAGAGAUUGGUGAGUGAAUUAUUUAGGCUACAAAUGAGACAGCUUUAGCAGAGUCAGACAAUAACAGCCUGUUCUCCUGGAGGCCAGAAUAGGGGCUUUUCUCCAGUCAUUCUGCACCCUCAAGACUGUGUCCAGGAAGGAGGGAGAGGGCUCGAGCCCCCUGCCUAUCUGCUGCAUCCACAAGCUGGUGAGCUCUGAGCUGGGGAUUGAGCCUGAGAGCAGGGAUCAUGCUAUACAAACUCUCUCCUGAGUUGCCAACCACUGCGGCCUCUGCCUCAGCCAAAGUCUGGGUUCUGCAACCUUCCCCGACCUCCCUCAUCCCUGCUACAGAGAAGACCUCUUUCCUUUCACACAUGCUGGAAUUUACUAACUCCUAAUUCAUUUUUUUUUUUAACUCCUCAAGCCUUCAUUUCCUCCUUACGUUUUCAUAUAUUUUUUUGGUCGGCUUUGAGGGGUAUCUUUUAUAUAGCCAGAAGACGCCUACAUAGGAGGGUCUGAUGGAGAAGAGAAAGUGUCCCACCUCCCCCACAAUAGCAUCCUAGGGUCCUGUUUCCAACUGAAUAUUUGUGUGCAUUUUGUAGCUACAGUUUAAAAAUGCAAAUUAAUUUUCCUGGAACAUAGGGUUUCUGAAGUCAUUUAUCUUCCUCUUCUCCCCUUACUGGAUUGGAAUCUCAGUCCCUGAAGUUAGCCGGUACCCACAAUGUCCUCAGCUCUGAAGGCCUUAGGAAGGUUACCAACCACAGGAGAUCACGUGGCUAAUUUCUGUUGGCAUCCUAGCAGUUUCAUUAAGGUCUAUGAGUGACAUCCUAAUUAAUGGCCCCAGACAGUUGACUGGAUUGAGGCUGCAACUUCCUAAAAUCACAAGCUUACAGCUAGAAGGAUUUUAAAGUUUUCUUUCUUUCUUUUUUUUUUUUGAGACAGGGUCUCCCUCUGUUGCCCAGGCUGGAGUACAGUGGCAUAAUCAUGGCUUACUGCAGCCUUGACCUCUUGAGCUCAAGCAAUCCUCUCACCUCAGCUUCCUGAGUAGCUGGCACUAACGGCAUAUGCUGCCACACCUUUUUUUUUUUUUUUUUUUGUAGAAUAGAGACAGGGUCUUCCUAUGUUGCCCAGACUGGUCUUGUCUUGAACGUCCAGCCUCGAGCAAUCCUCCUGCCUCAGCCUCCCAAAGUACUGAGAUUACAGGUGUGAGGCAUCACACCCAGCUUGCAAGGGAUUUUAGAGACCAGUUAGCCAACUCCCUCAUUUGACAGAAAAGGGAGGCUCAGAGAGGCUAGGUGAUUUGUCACAUAGCAAGCUGUUGGUGUGUCCAGUCCAGUGAUCCAGACAGUGUUCUUUCUACUACUACACAUCAAGUUUAGAUGAGGAACCUGAAAAGAAGCCUGGAUUUUAGCAAGGAUGAAUGUGAAAGUGUCCCAUUCUAAAGUCAAUCAACCUUGCGAGUGCAAGGGAACAGAAUGAAGAAUGGGAAACAUGGAGAGAUAUAUACACAGAAGGAGGGAAGGAGGAACAAAAAAGAGGGAUUGAGAUCACUCAUUCAGAAGAACACAAGGCACAGUACAAAAUAAUAAGAACAGAACUGAUGCCACAUCCAAAACAAUUGAUUUUUAUCCUUUCUCAAGGAGACAGAAUGGAGCCCCUGUUAACCUUAGAGAGAUCAGUGAAGCCACUUGGAUGGCUUCUGGGUUCUUCAGGCUGCAUACUAAAGCCCAUGGGCUAAAUCUGGCCUGCUGCCUUUUUUGUAAAUAAAGUUUUAUUGGAACUUAA